AUAAAAGAAAAUCUAUCAUUUUUUUUUUCUUUCUAUUUCCAAUUUUCUUCUCCGACGACCUCUGAGCUCGAUUGAGGGACAAUCAUGCUCAUGGCGCUUACCGUCCGACCUCUCUAUGUUCCUCAAAGUGGUGGAAGUUCUGGGACUAGAAACAUAUGCAGGAAAAAGAAUCAGAAUGGGAUGGGUUUAUGGAGAAAACAUCUUGUGAAACCCAAUGGAGCUUCCAUUUGUUGCUCGUUUGGUACAGAGAAGGAUCCUCUCUUACCUUGUACCCAACAAUUAACGGAUGCUCGUCUCAUCUAUUGUGUAUCUGCAGCACUGGGUCAUAACAAGGAAUCACAUCCCGAAUGCAGCGCAAGAGUUCCUGCCAUUGUUACAGCUCUUGACAAGAAUGAGCUCACUCCUAAGUUCCGUGGCUCAGAGAUUCUUGAACUCGUAAAUUUCAAGAAUGCGACUAUAGAAGACAUUGCAAAUGUUCACGAAAAGGCUUAUGUCUUAGGCCUUGAGAAGGCAAUGGAUGAAGCUUCAGAUUCAGGACUAAUUUUCAUUGAAGGUUCUGGGCCAACAUAUGCCACUUCAACGACAUUCCAAGAUUCACUUAUCGCAGCAGGCGCUGGAAUGGCUUUAGUUGAUUCAGUGAUCGCAGCAUCUAUAAACAGCAAGGACCCUCCCACUGGCUUUGCGUUGAUAAGACCUCCUGGACACCAUGCCGUGCCAAAAGGUCCAAUGGGCUUCUGCGUAUUUGGUAAUGUGGCAAUCGCAGCUCGUCAUGCCCAACGAGCAUAUGGUCUGAAGCGCGUCUUCAUAAUUGACUUUGAUGUUCACCAUGGGAAUGGCACAAAUGAUGCAUUCUCUGAAGAUCCUGAUAUAUUCUUUUUGUCAACUCAUCAGGAUGGAAGCUAUCCUGGAACAGGGAAAAUCAGUGACAUAGGCAAAGGAAAAGGUGAAGGCACCACUCUAAAUUUACCUUUACCUGGAGGGUCAGGUGAUAUUGCAAUGAGAACAGCUUUUGAAGAAAUCAUUGUUCCAUGUGUUCAACGUUUCAAGCCAGAUCUCAUUCUUGUUUCUGCUGGGUAUGAUGCUCAUGUCCUGGAUCCACUAGCAAAUCUACAGUUCACGACCGGAACAUACUACUCACUGGCGAAAGAUAUAAAGCGGUUAGCUAAAGAAGUAUGUGGAGGGCGUUGUGUAUUCUUCUUGGAAGGAGGAUACAAUCUAGAAUCACUUUCUUCAUCUGUGGCAGACUCGUUUCGAGCAUUGCUUGGGGAAGAAAGCUUGGCAUCAGAGUUUGAUAAUCCAGCUUACUUGUAUGAUGAACCGAUGAGAAAGGUGCGAGAUGCAAUUGAGAGAGCCAAAAGCAUUCAUUGCUUAUAAGGAGGCUCUACUUAAGAGGCUUUGCAUUUUAGUCUUAAAAAACUGUCUACAUAUCUGUUUUGUAUAAGGCUGUUGGGAGUAUCUGACUAACAAUAUAUGGAAAAGUAUAGUAUUAUUAGAAGUAAAAUAGCUGGUUGCAUUUCGUAAGCAAACAAGUAAUUACAAUUACGUGUA